UGUUUGUUUAUUAGAGAAUUUCCACCACAGUACUUAUCCACAUGUAACUCCACAUAGUUACUGCGGCACUGAUUUUUGGUCGUUAAACGUAUUGUAUCUUUACAGGUAAGUAUUUUUUGGACCAUGUAGUUACGCACAAACUUUACAUAAACACAGAUAUCUUUAGAGGCAUCUUUAAAAUAACCCUAGAUACGUCCGCUAUAGAGCCAGUCAGUAUACACACCGCUGUAAAUGCCGACACCGGCCUUUCUUUGGUUAAUUAUUGCAUUAGAAAGGAACACUGAUAAGAUUUAUAAGCUCUCUGAAUUGCUUAAAGAUUACACUGCAGAAAAAAUGUUAUGAUACAAAAACAAACAGGAAAAAGAUCACUUCCACUACUCUGUGACAUCUUCACAAUCACUCUGGUGAUUAUCAUUAAUAUAAGAAUGUAUGAGAGAAUGUGAACUGAAUGUGCCGACUGAGAUGAUUGGCUUGUACAUCCCUAUGCAAUAAAACAAUCUGACUUCUCAAGGACUGGAAAAGGCAGUGCCCAAUAGUUAAGAUAAGCAGAGAUGGAAAAUGUGCUGCCUCUGACAGCGGAGAGUCUCAUCCUGUCUUUCUGUCCAAAAAAGAAACACAAACUCUGUAAUUAUGACAUUUUAAUGAUUUGGAUGGUUACUGGCCACUAGAUUAAAUUUAGCAGUUUAAAGAGGAGUAAACAACCAACAUGAUGCUCCUUUAUAUAUACUGUAAAUAAAGACCUGUGAUUUCUUGAUAUUACAUCAAAUUAAACUAUUUCCCUUUACAAUUGCCUGAAUACCAAACUAAUCUUUUAAGGAAAAAUCUUGGCACCUCAUGUGAUGUAUUAACCAUUAUCAUGAAGGUUGCACCUUUUUCCGUUUAAACUUGCUGACAUUACAUAAUACAACACAGACUGUAAUGAGCUACUGAUAACUGCAGUUUAGGAGCCAUAGGUCGCAGUAUACCUCGAUUCCCCUUCCCAGGACACUCAGUAGGAGUGUAGGACUCGGAGAGAGAGGGACAGUCACCAGAGAAUCAGUAACAGCUCCCAGCACAGAGGAGAUCGUUUCAGAAAGGACAUACAGCCUCUGGAAGCUUUGCUGGGAAAAGCAGCAAAACAACAACUGCUGACCAAAAGGGAGACUCCAAGACUGCAUUUUCCAAUUCUGCGUCCAGUGAAAUUUACAGAAAGCUGCCAUGAAGCUGAAGAUACCAAACCCAGGACUGGAUGAGCGGAUCCCCUCUCAUGCGGACCUGGAGAGGAUGGAGAAAGAAGAGGCUGGGGAGAGGCCCAAAUGGGACAACAAAGCCCAGUACCUGCUCACCUGUGUGGGCUUCUGUGUGGGACUUGGCAACGUCUGGAGGUUCCCAUACCUGUGUCAAAGUCAUGGAGGAGGAGCAUUUAUGAUCCCGUUUCUGAUCCUGCUGGUUCUGGAGGGAAUCCCACUGCUGCACCUGGAGUUUGCCAUCGGUCAGCGCCUGAGGAAAGGCAGCGUGGGAGUGUGGAGAUCAAUCAAUCCCUGCCUGACUGGAGUUGGUAUUGCAUCCUUGCUUGUCUCAUUUUUGGUGGGUAUGUACUACAACACCAUCAUGGCCUGGAUCAUGUGGUAUCUCUUCAACUCCUUUCAAAGUCCUCUGCCUUGGAGCCAAUGUCCUCUCAAUGCUAACAGGACAGGUCUGGUAGAGGAGUGUGCUCGGAGCACCACCGUUGACUACUUCUGGUACAGGGAGACUCUGAACACUUCAACAGGUAUCGGUGAGUCUGGGGGCCUGCAGUGGUGGAUGGUACUGGCCCUGGUAGCUGCCUGGUCUUUGCUCUACGUCUGCUGCAUCCGGGGCAUCGAGACCUCUGGAAAGGCUGUGUACGUCACUUCCACUCUGCCAUAUUUGGUCCUCACCAUCUUCCUCAUCAGAGGACUGACUCUGAAAGGCUCCCUAGAGGGAGUCAAGUUCCUCUUCACGCCAGAUGUGAAUGAGUUAAUGAAUCCACAAACUUGGUUAGAUGCAGGAGCCCAAGUUUUCUAUUCCUUCUCUGUGGCUUUUGGAGGUCUCAUCUCGUUCUCCAGUUACAACUCUGUUCACAACAACUGCGAGCAGGAUGCCGUUCUCAUCUCUAUCAUCAAUGGCUGCACCUCAGUGUACUCUGCAACGGUUAUCUACUCUAUCAUCGGCUUCCGGGCCACGCAAAAAUACGAUGACUGCAUGGGAGACAACAUCCUGGAGCUGAUAAAUGCCUUCAACUAUCCUGAAGGCACUAUCACAGAGAGCAACUACAACGAGGUUCUGACGCACCUCAACCAAACGCAACCCGCUAUCAUUCAAGGGUUGCAAAUCCAGACCUGUGACAUGCAGACCUUCCUCAGUCAGGGUGUGGAGGGAACAGGUUUGGCCUUCAUCGUGUUCACGGAGGCAAUCACCAAGAUGCCUGUUUCUCCUCUCUGGGCUGUCCUCUUCUUCAUCAUGCUCUUCUGCCUCGGCCUCUCGACUAUGUUUGGCAACAUUGAGGGAGUCGUGGUUCCUUUGCAGGACCUCAGAGUGUUGCCCCGAACUUGGCCCAAAGAAGUUUUCUGUGGUCUGACUUGUUUAAUUUCUUGCGUUUUCGGGCUCAUAUUUGCUCUGCGCUCUGGAAACUACUGGCUGGCUCUUUUUGACAACUUCGCAGGUUCUAUCCCCCUUCUGAUCAUCGGAUUCUGUGAAAUGUUUGCUGUUAUCUACAUUUAUGGGAUAGACAGGUUUAACAAGGACAUUGAGUUCAUGAUUGGCCACAAGCCCAAUAUGUUCUGGCAGGUGACAUGGAGAGUGGUUAGCCCACUCAUCAUGAUCGUCAUCUUGAUUUUCUACUUCAUUACCCAAAUCUCGAAGACACUCACUUAUUUGGUCUGGGACGAGGAGGCGGCGAGCUUCCCCACCCUUGAACCGCGUCCAUAUCCCUCCUGGAUCUACGUCAUCAUCUUCAUCUUGGCUGGAGUUCCCAGUUUAGCCAUCCCAGUUACCGCCCUCUUCAAGUUCAUCCAGAGCAAAUGCUGUAAGCAGAAGGACUACAGUGACAAGAAACUGGACACCAUCUCUGCAAAAAUACAAAUGAGUGACAAAAAGUUUUAAAUAGCUUUUCUAUUGAUUAUUUAAAAAUGUGUUGAGGUGGACCUGUUUUAUUAUACUUAUUGCUUUUCUCUUCCUUGUGCCCUGUACAAUAAUAAAAGACUACUGACUGGAAAAGUAGAAGUAAAUUUAGAAACAUUUUCUGUAAAAUACUUGUUUUGGAGAAAAGAGUAAUUGAUAAUACUUUUCUUGUUAUUGUAAUAUGUAUGUACAAUAGUAUGAAUCUGUUUAUUACAUUAAAGGAAUAGUUGGACAUUUUGGGAAAUACACUAAUUUGCUUUCUUGCUGAGAGUAAGACAAGAGGAUUGAUGCCACUCUAAAGUUUGUGCACUAAAUAUAAAGGUACAGCCAGCUGCUGGUUAGCUGAGCUUGGCUAGCUAGGAAAACAGCUAGCCCAGCUCUGUCUAAACAUAAUAAAGUCUGCGUACCAGCACAUCUAAGGCUCUUAUUAAUUUUUGUAUAUCCCAUUUGUUUAAUCCGUGUAACAACAAAAAAUGUAAAAAUCAGUAUGUCGUUUAACAUGAUUAGCUUUUCCCCCGUUUCCAGCCUUCAUGCCAAGCUAAGCUAACCUGCUGCUGGCUGCAGCUAUUUAUAUUUAGUACAAAGAUAUGAAAGUGGCAUCAGUUUUGUCUCAUUCUCUGUAAGAAAACCAAUAAGCAUAUUGCUUAAUAUUGUAAAUUUUACUAUACACAUGUUUCUAGUGUACAAAAAUAUUUUAUUUUAAUAUUUUGUAAAUAAUCUUCAACAGAGUGAAUUCUUGUUAAAACUUUUGACAUACUGCAAGCAUGUCUUUCUUUUUUAAAGCAAAAAUUAUUACAUUCAUGUGAUCAGUGCAUUUUAGUCAAACUGUUGUUGUCUAUAAGUUUGUUAGUUUUUUAUUGUGGGGGAGUGUUGUAAAGUUUUAACGUUUGGUGUAUUUUACAAAACUGUACUUACACUGCCAUAAACUGUCAUCUGUACUCUGUAUCAAUACUCUUCUCUCAGAAAUAGGCCUAUGUGUUAUAAGAGUAAAUCAUGUAGAAUACAUGAGCUUACUGGCACUUUAAAUUAUUUUGCUUGGCAACACUUGCAUGUCACAGUUUCCUAUUGUAACAGUGACUUUGAAUAAACCUUCAAAAUAAAACACUACUAACA